UUUACACAUACGGAGGUGGUGUGUUGUGUUGUGCACUAGAAGGCGGUUCCAGUGGCAGCCCGCUCGAUCCUAACCAACCGUUUUCUCGUUCGACGGUGCGAUAUCGACGAGGAUCAGUGGCCAACGGGGCGCAUAGUGCUGUCGCGUUGCAACCGUUACGAUUAAUCCCGUGAAAGGAAGACGGUGGUGCUGGGGCGAUCGAGUCGAGGCGGAACACGGGAGUGUCGUCCACCAUUUUGGCUGCGCGAGGUUACUCGAUGCGUGCACCGUUCUCUCCGCACGUUCGUUAUUUUCGCCCCUGGCCUCGCGGAGAAUCGUUGACGAUGCGCGUCGCGUUUACGUACGGUCCGAGAGACUAGAGUGGACGGUGCAUGGAAACUGGUGGCUAGGUAAAAAUGGUCCCGUGAUAACCGACGUUUAAAUGGAGCAAGGCGAGGGCUGUUUUCCUCGUCGCAACCUCGAAGCUGUCAGCUGGUCGUGCGGUACCUCUGCAAAUUGACCCAGAGAUCGUUCGGCCACCCUAAUGAGCCACGGGAUUCGCAUACAACGUAAAUCGAGACACCGCGCAUCGACGAUCUACCGAUCCAGCCGAAUCAGAAUAAACGGCGUGGUCGGAAAGUGGGUUACCGUGAGUGUCGUCUCUGCUGGCCGAGAACCGACGACGUUCGAUCACUGUGACCGUGUUCGUGUUCGGGGCCUUUACACCAUAUUCGGGGACAAUCGUGCAUCCAGCGCAGCUGAUCGCCAGCAACGUGCCACCAAGCCGAGGAGGAGUCGGGGUUAACACCUCGAGUGCCGUUAACCCCGUUUUGCGUGGCCAUCUCGCGGCGGGGGACUCUUUCCGUCGCGAUUUCAUCGCGAACCUACGUGUUCGCGGAUAUGUGAGAUGGGCUAAACGAUCGGGGAUCGGACCGACGACCGGUCCAGUCCAGGAAACGCGCAAUGAAACGCGGGAAACGAUGAAGACUGUCGGGGACAAUCGAGCCGCGGUGCCAGUGUGAGUCGAUGGACGGAAUGACGGGUCGGGAACGUUCGCUCGGACGAUCGGUGAUCACGUUCGAUGGAUAGGCGCGACUCCGCACGGUACGCGUUAAGCGCGGUGAACACUUGUUUUCGAGGGAGUGAGUGACUGUCGAGGGAUCGCGGGGAUCGAGGCAUUCGCGCGGACAGGACGCGAUGGAGACCGAGUGACUUUUUUUUCCAACAACAUCGCCCGACCCCGUUUCGCCCCCGGAUGGGGAUCCUCUAGAGUAGUUCUAGAUGUUUCGUGCGAUUCGUCGACCAAGUGAACUGGUUCGGUGUGCUCGAUCAGUGCUCUGAGUGUGUGCCGUUUUUGUCGACGGUUUGACGAGGAUUACGCGUGCUGCGCACCUUGCUCUGCCCACGUCCGGAUAAUACUUGGCAUGCGUAGGCCGAAGGAGGAAGCGGGGGGAGAACUGAACAGGACCGAGGAGCAUGGCGUAGUGCUCGUUUCGGGGGUUGCUGGCAGAUCAAAGGACGCGAAAGAGGGUCUGGCCGCUCUCGAGCGAUUCGAGGGCCGGUGAGCAUCGCGACGGGGCGAGCAACCCCGUUGCCUCGGCCAACGUCUAACAACCCUCCCGUCUGUCACCGUCGACGAACAACAGAACAGAUGUCCUGACAGCGGGCCCCGGGCCACCAGGAUGCCGACAGACGACGACUAUGGCCGAAGAGAACGUCUCCUACUGCACCAACACCCGAUCACUCAGUACGGGUCCUCGUCAUCUCCGGUUCCAGGAACAAACGCCGGCACAUCCGGAAGCGUUGGCUCCCAGAUCGGUUCCAACAAUUCGUCGGACUGUUAUAAGCAGCAACAACAACAAACGGAUCUACGAGUCAGCUCGAAUGUCUCGAACGCUUCUAGCCAAGAUCGUUACCAAUCUGACCAACAAAGCGAAGGAAACGAGCACGUCGAUUAUGGAGGCCGGGAACGAAUGUCGGGCAUCGAUCGUUACGACAAGUCGACGGACAAACCGUCGAUCGACGAUUUCCCCAAGUCCUGCGCGGAAACGCGUUCGAUACAGUCGAGCUGCGAGCGAUUCGGCCACUACCAGAACCAGGAGAGAUUCGGUCAGUCCUCCCUGCAGGUGCAUCAUCAGUACACGGCAGGUAGAUCGACCGCGCCUGGACAAACGUUAUCGCAAAACGUUCUGGUCGAGUGUUUUCCGCGGUUCAACGAGCUCGGCGGCCUCCAUGGCGAUCAGAGACUGUCUCUGGCCCCCAGCGAGCGCUUUCAGCAGGCCGCGAACACCGUCAACGAGCUGGUGUCCGCAGGAAACGAGUAUGCGAACACCAACAUCCUGGUGUCAGGCUGCGCGACGAGUCCUUUCUCGUCAGAGACGUUCCCCUCUCCACCAUCGCCGGCGCCAGCGAACGAUCGCUUCGUGCCACCACCGCCUCUGUCGCCCAGCCCAAGCGAAAAGUAUGCCUCGACCCAGAGUCUGGCUGGUUAUCCUGCUGCUGAUAGGAUUCUGCCCCCAGGUUCUCCAAGCACCAGAUACGGCGGGAGUACCGCGCCAGCCUCACCGAUGCCAGCUAAGGAACGAUUCACCUCGGCGGAACGAUUACUGGCCAAUCAGCAGUCGUCGAACGCCAUGCACGAGUCCAAGGAUCAGCAACGAUACACUGGGGCCAGCGACCGGCUGUUGUCCGGCUCGUCGCCGGUGCUGGGAAGCCUUCAGGUCAAUCUACAAGGCGACAGGAGCAGCGUAUACACCACUGGCAAGGAUUCCACUGGCUCGCGAUACGGCGCCAUAUCCACGGACAGACUGCUCUCUUCAUCGCCUAUACACGCCCCGGUGCCAGAGAGGUUCGCGAGCAAAUCGACGGACAGGUAUCUCGGAGAAUCGUCGGUCUACGAACGAUACCAUCGGCAGGAAACGACACCGAUCGUUCAUCACGAUCGUUACUCGACGAUAUCAUCGAGCACCGAGAGAUUCCUCUCGAACUCACCGAAUCCCGAGACCUCUCAUCAACGAUACUCGUCGACGGAGAGGUCUCUGCAAGUAUCGUCCAACAUCAAUGAACAGAGACGCUUGUACACCGAUCGCGGCGUCGAGACGGUUUGCCAAAAGUAUACGGACAGAUCCAACGGAUCGCCGGCGCCCACGGAUUUCAACAGAUACUCCAGCUUCCAGGAAGUUGGGAACGGUCAGUCCAGAUACGUCGCCACCAGCGACCGUUUCAACGACUCCGCGAUACAACGGUGCGGCCAGUCGCGAUCCAACGACAGAUUCUGUGUGUCCAACGAUCGCUACUUGGCCACCUCGUCGCCAGGACACGACGGGAAACUCGCGACCACCGACGCGACCAGGUACGCCGUAUCAGGAUCCUCCACCGAACGGCUGCUCUCUACGACAUCCUCCUCGUCCUCCUCCUCCACCGAUACCGUCGCUCGGUACCACUCGUCCUACGCGAACACAACGGCCACGCAGUCGUCGACAUCCAACGACCGUUUCACCUCCAUCUCGCCGACCCCCGAGACGGCGAGCAACAGCCUCAGAUCGGGAUCAGGAGCCGCGGGAGGAAUGGGCGGCUCCAGUUAUCAAAGUACGAAAAAAACCGCCGUGGACAAGUACCUCCAGGUGUCCAAGUCUGUGCAAAGCUAUGGCACCGACCGCUACACCGUGGGUAAUCCCAGCGAUCAGUUCGACAGACUCAGUCAGGACCGUUACGACAGAUUCUCGACCUCGGUCACCGGUACCACCGACCGAUUCGCUCCAUCUACCGUCUCUUCUGAUCGUUUUCAUUCCACUCCUGAUCGAUACUCUCCAGCGCGUACCGCGGACAAGUACCUGUCUCUACCUAAGCCGAAAGAUCGAUACACCGGUCGCAUAACGCCGAUCUCCUCGUGCGGGACUUCCGUAGCCGUCACGUCCUCCGAUCGAACCUACAGCUCGUCCAGCGCGACCGGAAGCUACGUUCCGCCGACCGCGCACACACCUGUCGAACGUUACGUGCCUCAACCACCGCCAGAGGUUCUCUAUCCGGAUAGAUACGUCGACAGGUACGUACCACCUUCGGCGCACACGCCCACGGAUCGUUACGUACCCACAAACGAUCCCGGUGACCCGUACAUGAGGCGAGACCUCGGAUUCCAUCAUCAUUAUCGGCUACCACCACCUGCUGGCUACCCGUACCAUCAGUCGCAUUUCCGACUUCGUGGUUUCGCGUACGCGUCCCCCGGUCGUUUGGGCGGCAGUCCUGGUUCCAGUAGCUCCAGCAGCUCCGCGUCUAAUCAGAGGGACGGUUUCUCCAUGUCGCCGUUGCUCAGACCCAAGGUGCGUGCUUCUGCGGUCGAGUUCCCGACUACGUCCACCAGUGUCGUUCGCCACGUGUGCACUAAUCCGCCAUCGUGCUGUAACGAGGUUUCCGGGAGCGGCCGGACGUGUUGCCAGGCCAUCAGGAGGUCCUUGCCGCCGGGGGCGCUGCCCUCCAUACCUACGCAGACUUCAUGGCAACAAUCGCCAGGAUCCGGUACAACCGGAACGUCGACGGUUUCCACGAACGGUCCCGAUGGAGAAAAUGGCCAAAGCAUCGGUUUGUAUCCGGUGGGCAGCGCUGGUCCGGCUGCGACGGAGGCAGCAACAGCUACGACGAUCACGACGACAGCAACGGUGCCCUUGGUGGCCGCUGGCACCGUUGCUGGAACAGGAAUAGGAUCCAACAUCACCAGGAGCGCGUCAGCGCCCACUGCACCGAGACCACUCGUCCAGGUUACCAGUUCUGCCAGCACCCCAGGCUCCCAGAGGCCCAGGUUGAGGAGGACCAUGAGUCGCACAGAAACUAUCAGGAACUACAUCAGACGCGAAACAGCACAAUUCUUCGGCGUAGACGAGGAGACGGAGGCCACGGAGAGACAAAGAUGGUUGGAUCGAAGACGGAGAAUGGCAUCGAGGAAGUACGGCGCCCUUGUUCCGGAACACAGACCACCGGAUCCUGAUAUUACAAGGGACGUGCCAGAUACCACGGAUGUGCCGGAGGGGGUUACACUGAGAAGAUGGCAACAACCGGUAAGACGGAAAGAUUCUGUGGCAAGAAUGACGCUUUCGGGCCUCCAUUACGUUAUCGAGUCCUUGACGAGACAACGGCCCAGAGAGAGAUCGCAAACCAGACCGGAAUCGCGAAGCUUCCCACCGAGCGUAAUAGCCUGUAUGUCGGGGGUAGAAAUUGCGUCGUCCCCGGAAACCGGCCAGGACGAGGAAAGGUCCUUCUUCGACAGGCCUCCGCCGCCCCCGCCGCCGCUUCCGCCCCCACCGCCGCAGCAAUCGCAACCACAGAUCGAACAGGGCAUCGACGGAUUGGCCAAGGACGAACAAGACAGCGCGAAAGUGGCGGAUCUGCUCGAUUCCGCAACCGAAAGGGGAACUUCCGAGGAAUUGGUCAGGUUUGCACCGCAGAAAGAUGAGAGAACGACGAUUGACGGACAGGUCAGAAGACCUCGUCACAUCUCGAGGGACCAUUAUAUUUCAAGAAAAACGAGUUGGAGCAGGUCGAGGUACGACGUUUCUUUGGGCGAGGGUACAAGGGCGCAUCAGGAAGAAGGGGUGUCUCUUAGGAGGGAUCUAACAGGAGCUACUAGAAUUUCUCCCAACACCAUCGAUAGAAUAUUUGACAACAGUAAUAGGCGACAGUACGGCAUGGGAAUUGUUGGCAGAUUCUUCGGAAGAUCGUUUCGAAAGAGCGUGUCCCAGAAGCCGGACGUCAGAAAGCAGUUAGACGACUUCGAAGACCAUCGACCAUACUUUACGUAUUGGAUCACUAUCGUUCAAGUGCUCAUUUUGAUAAUAUCUUUAGCGUGUUAUGGUUUCGGGCCUCUGGGCAUGGAUCUUAGUCACAGAUCGGGGCUGGUUCUCGUUACGAGCCUGUCGCUGCAGCAAGUGGACUACCAGGAACCAGCGAAUUUCUGGUUUGGUCCGCGGGCCGCGGAUUUGAUUCACCUGGGCGCGAAGUUCGCGCCGUGUAUGCGUCGCGAUAUUAAAAUUCUGAAAGAGAUCGACGUCUGGCGGGAAAGAGAACGCGACACAGCCUGCUGCAUCAGAAACGACGACUCCGGCUGCGUGCAGUCUAGUAAAGCGGAUUGCUCUGUGAGUAUUUAUUUAAACACGAUAUCGACCUGGAAAAAGUGGGGACCUGGGGACAGCGGACCCGGCGGGCGUAUAAGCGGAUCUGUUUGCGGAUUGGAUCCAAAGUUUUGCGAUGCGCCAGCAAGUGUAGCGCCGUACGAAUGGCCAGACGACAUCACCAAAUGGCCCAUCUGCCGGAAGACCAAUCCCUUCAACCAACGUUUCCGGUACAAGGACAAAAUGGCGGAGCACAUGGUGUGCGAAGUGAUUGGUCAUCCGUGUUGCAUCGGUAUUCACGGGAUGUGUCGAAUCACCACGAAAGAGUAUUGUGACUUCGUGCACGGUUAUUUCCACGAGGAGGCGUCGCUCUGUUCCCAGGUCGAAUGUUUGCACGACGUAUGCGGCAUGAUUCCCUUUCUUCAUCCCGAGUGGCCAGAUCAGUUCUACAGGCUUUUCACCACCACUUUUCUUCACGCCGGAAUUCUUCACUUGUCGAUCACGAUAAUGGUGCAGUAUUUCUUGAUGCGGGACUUGGAGAAGCUGACUGGCUCGGUGCGUAUCGCGCUGAUCUACUUCAUCGGGGCUCUGGCUGGAAACCUGGCCAGCGCGAUAUUCGUUCCUUACAGAGCUGAGGUGGGGCCAGCAGGCGCGCACUUCGCCCUUCUGGCGACGCUGAUCGUCGAAGUUCUGCACUGUUGGCCGAUGCUGAAGCAACCGCGAAGAGCCCUGACGAAGCUGAUCGUGAUCCUGCUGGGUCUGCUAGUGUUGGGUAUCCUUCCGUGGGUGGACAACUACGCCCACCUGUUCGGAUUCAUCUUCGGUUUCCUGGCCGCGUACGCCCUGAUGCCUUUCAUCUCGUUCGGCCACUACGAUCGCCGACGAAAGGUCUGGCUGAUCUGGAUCUGCCUGAUCCUGAUCGUCCUACUGUUCACCCUUCUUCUGACCCUGUUCUACAACGUGCCGGUGUACGAGUGCGAGGUCUGCAAGCUGUUCAAUUGCAUCCCGUUCACGCGGGACUUCUGCGCCUCGCAGAACAUCAACUUCAAGCGGGAGGAGCCCGUAUGACACACGGAGCCGUGCUUCGAAGUCGAAUUCGAAACAUCGUACCGCGCCGGCCAGGAUCGUGGUCGAUCCUGGCGCAGGCGGCUGCUCGUCCUGGCUUUGCUGUGGUAUCCUGGACGGAAGCUGGCGCGGAUUUGAAAGUCACGUGGAGGGAAUCCUCGAAGGGUUCGAUGCACGCCUCCUCCGUUGUCGCCAAAGAAACCUGGAUGAAACUCGUGUUUGUCCGUCGGACGAACGACACUGCCUUAAAGUUAAAUAAAAAAAAAAAAAGAAGCCCGUGACCCUCCAUGGGGGGUGGAGGGGGAGGGGACUUGCAGCCGAGCGGACUUCGUGGUCCUCGAUGGCAUGUAAAUAUUAGA